AUGGGACAAAGAAGGCGGCACCAGGGAACGGAGAUAUCAUCACUUAGGCAAGUUCAACAGACUCUAGCAAGCACCCGCAUAUCCCAGUCGAGCGGUACAGUGGUAUCAGCCGGUGGAGAUCAACACGCAUUGAAAAGUGGUCCGCCUAGACCUGACCAUGCAGCCGAGGCUACAAGGAGAGAAGGAAGCUUGAGAGCUCCUGAAAGUGGCUCAUCUAGAGGGGCCCGCCUUCAGGCAGCGCCGGCAUGCAAUGAAGGGGAUUCGCCAGGUCAUGGAAGUGCUUCAACUCUGGAACACGCAGUCUACUCUUGGCCAAGGCGCACAAGAGCAGUCCAACAACCCUCUCAAAGUGGCUUCCCUCAACAGGAGACCCCUAUUUCAGCGACGAUAGGACAGACCGCAUCGUCCAGUCGAGAUGCACAACAUAAUUUCACCAGUGAGAGGAAUGAGCAGCCUCACAUAGCCAGUCAAGAAAUUCGAGCAGGCCCUUCGCUUCGCAACCCGCCAUCUGAAGCUCCAGCGGCAGAAACGAGAAGUCUCAUCCUGGGCACGCGCCCGAUUCCUCGGCAGCAGAAUCCUUCUUCAGCCGUUGAUGAACCUUCGUCUCCAUUCGAUUUUCAGAUUCUCGUGGAGGCACAAUUUCUGAUUGCUCCCAAAGCUGAAGAGCAUUACAGGCCAGCCGUUGAAGAUUUUGUAGGACUUCUUGCGGAGAACCAUAAUAGACUGGUGGGCUCCCCCCAUCCCGCGAUGGUGAAGAAAAUGCAGCGCUCGAGAAUCCCAAGUGGCAAGGCGGAGAACUGGCACGUAUAUAUGGGGUCUGUUCAGCCGCCGACCAUAUCCGUACCACAGAAGAUCACCUUAACCUCGCCCCUUUUCCAUACCUCUGAUCCUGCACUUUGGCAGAAACAUGUUGCAAUGACCUGGACAUAUCUGACUGAGCACUAUCAGAUCCGCGAACAUGAUCAGUGCUACAACAAGGUCUACAUCAAUCUCGACCGCUCUUCUUGGGAAUUCGCAGAUGUCAAGAAGAUCGCUCAAGCUAUUACCCACUUUGAGCCAGCCCUAGACCUUUUGCUACCCGAUGGCUUGAGCCGGUCAAACUCUUGGCUAAAUAAUUUGCCCGAUAAGUGUUUUAUGGAAGAGGCGGAGAGAAGUCGAUCUCACGCCAUUGCGGCCAUCCAGGAUGCACGUAGGCCCUGGCAGAUGGUCAGGCCCAUGCAAGGACGGGGCCAUGUAUACUGCUUUCUAUGUUACUACAAUUCGUGGUCAGUUGUGUGGAAAAUGGUUAUGGAACCAAUACACUUUUGCAAGCCCGAGGCAACUUCAGUAGCUGCCGAAGCGGCCAGCUGGGCCAGUUUUGCAAGGCUUUUCAUUCAAGCAGCCCUUGCAUGCAGAUCUCCCCAAGAGCUGCAGGACAUUCCACCGAAUCAUGAAGGUCUACGACAUUUCAUGUUAGGGAAGCGUCCUCCACUGGGUUCCACGGUUCUCGGAACGCAUAAGUCAAGAAGAGGACGAGGCUAG